AUGUCUAAGCAGGAUAAAAAGGAGUUGAAUCCAUAUAUACCCAAAUACAUCAUCUCCAAACCAUGGUACAAUGAAAAAGAAAGUGGCCCCAAUGAAUCAUCCGAGGAAAUAACUGAUUAUCUAGCCCAUCAAAGAAAGACAUCUGAAAUUGUUGAUUAUAGCUUACCACAAGUAGGCCACGGGAUAAAUGAUGAAACCAAAGACGGAAUACGAAACGCAUCUAAUGAUGAAAAUUACGAUACUAAGCGAGAUCGAUGGUUUGGGUACUCCACUGAAGAAUGGUUAGCCAAAGUCAAGAAUUGGAAUGAGAAGAAUGACAUAAAGAUCAUCCAUGCCCGUAAUGAAGCUGAUGAUUCUGAUGAUACUGAUUAUGAAUUAGAAUUGAAUGAAUUAGGAUUAGAUAGGAAAGAUGUAAUGCAAAAUAUAAAAGAAGAUCCCAUGGAGAAGAUGUUGCGUGAUCGUCAAGAUGUUCCAGCAUAUAUUCAUAACAUUAAUUCAAGAUCAGAUGCCAAAAUACGAAUUGAGUAUGAUCCUAAAUCGCGCCUUGCUAAAGAUCCAACCAAGGGAAUAUUGAAUGAUAAGAAUCAAUUUGUUAAGAAGUUGGAGGGUGAUGCUAAAGAUUUGAAAACAUUGCAAACUUUUGCUUGGGAUUUGAACAAAAAGAAUGAACAGCAAAGGAAAACGGCACAGGCUGCUUCUGUUGAUGAGACAGGCGCAAAGGUGAAUGUGACUGAUGGAAAUGAUAGUCUUGAAGCUACUCCAACUUUAAUGCUGAUAAAGGAAAGGGAACAGAAGGAAGCUGCAAAACAAAAGUCAAUUGCGAAACGAAGGAAAAUUCUUGAUAUCUAUGGGGGAGAUAAAGCAGAUGCAGAUGCAAAUGCAAAUGCAAAUGGGCUAAAAUAA